AUGGUCACCCCACUUAUCAUCUUCUUGAUAAAUAAUUUUGGUGUCACCUCUUACUUCAGCUUCCUCAGUUCACUCAUUGCUCAUCCCGACAAUGCUAAGCAUCUACGGUCAGCCGGCAUACUUUGCAACUUGCGUGGGAGCGGCCAUGCCCUCGCCGACCUCUUUCACGAGAUAGGCCCUGAUUUGGUGCUUGCCCAUCCCAUGUACAACUUUAUCAAUGCCAAAUUAGAAAAACACUACAAGGCCAAGUGGAAGGCAUGGUUCGCUCAAUUUUUCGAAGAUCAUUUCAGUAGCCCCUGGGUCAUGCUUGCUUUCACUAAAGCUCUAACAGCGCUUGUCUUAAGCGGCAUCCAGAGUACACAGUCCUCAGUUUUUAUCAAAAAUAGGUUUCCCUAUUUACAUUUUCAAUCCUAA